AUGCCCAUCAUCCCCUUUGUUCAUCCCAGCCAAACCAGAGAAGAAGUCCGGGAGGAGAACAAAAAAAAACAUAAAGGAAGGCGGCGGAGGAUCUACAGACAGCGAAGACAUGGCUGUUGCAGGGAUUAAAGAGACGGGCAAGAGUAAACGACGCAAGGGUCAAAGUAAUCAAAAACAGAGCACAGGCAAGACGGGCGACAAAAAGAGUGAUGAAAAGAGAGGCAGAGAGGGCUCAGAAGUUUCGUUGAGGCCGACAGUGAUGGAAAAAUUUGAAGACCAAGCAUCAUCUGAACAAGAAGUAAGACCGAAGAAAGCAAGCAGCAAGGUUACAGUUCUGAAUUCAUUGCAGGAUGAAAAAGCACUGACUAAGCAGAACGCAGAGAAGCAGAAGCACCCGGGAUCAAAUGGGAAAAACAGAGACGGGGAAGGACCGAAGGACUUCUACAAAGAAUGUGUGGAAAUGAGCACCGUGUUGGAGCAGGGCCAAAACAAACACAACUGGUUCAAGGCAAACAUCCUGGAGAGGUGCCGGCUGCAGAAGAGGCUGUCAUCGGGCCCCAAAGCUGCAGGCUCAGAUGUGGAGCUCAGUGCUGAAAGUGACGGCGUCCUACAGCCUGAUGGAGAGCCAGAGGAGGAAGAGGAGGACACGGCAAGCCAGAGUGCUGGCAAAGAGGAGCCUGUUAGAGAACAAGACUUGCAGGUGCAGCUCGACGCCAUGAUGACCGUGCUGAGCACAUCCGAUCAGGUGGAGCAGCUGGUUCUGAGAAACACAGACCUGACUGACGACCAUCUGCUGAGCCUGGCGGGGUCCCUGAAGAGCAGCCUGUCCGAGGUCACGCUACUCAACCUCAACUUCAACCUCAUUGGUCCAUACGGUGCUCAGAUCCUGCUUGACGUUCUGCGAGUGAAGCCUCAAGUCAGAGGCUUACACCUGUUUGGAAACAAACUGCGAGACCAUGGAGUGCUGACCCUGUUGAGUGGAAUAGCCGAGCUGCAGCAACAAACAGCUUCAGCUUUUGCUGCCAUCCAGCAGGCACUGCUUCUUCCACCAGAGCAGAAUAUGGCGCAGCUCCCCACUGGAUGGCGCUCAUUCAGGGAUUUUGCACUUUUAGAACUUGAUGUUGGGGGAAAUGGCUUGAGCAGCGAGGGGGUAAGGGUGUUAGCAUCAUACAUAAGGCACCACUCGUAUCUUCAGUACUUAGGGCUGGCACAGACCGGCGGCGCAGAUCUGGCGGCGUGGAAGGAGCUUUUCGACAGCCUCAAAGGAAACACAUCACUGACUCAGAUCAACCUUGACGAGAACAACUUAGGUGACCCAGGGGUCCGGCUGUUGGCUGACAUGCUGAAAGAGAACACAAGUCUGCAGCAGGUGGAUCUGGACAGGAAUGGGAUCAGUGAUGUUGGAGGAAACGACAUCAUGGGGGCGUUGCUUUGUAGAAUGCAGUUCCCGCUGAGGCAUCUGAGCCUUCAGGAGAACAGCAUCAGUGCGGGACUCAUAAGUAGGAUACAGGAAGAGCGUUACCCCUCGUGA